UUUGUAACGAAAGAGGGAAGUCAGUUUGAGAAGCAAAAGGGUUUACCUACAUUUGUUCAAUAAAAUCACACGUUUAUCUCAUUUUUAAUCCAAUAUUAAAAGCAAAAUGGUCAAGGAAACUAAAUUAUACGAUAUUCUUCAAGUUAGUCCCGAUGCUACAGCUGCUGAAAUUAAAAAGUCCUAUAGAAAAUUGGCAUUAAAAUAUCAUCCAGAUAAGAACCCAAGCGAAGGAGAAAAGUUCAAACAAAUCUCCAUGGCCUAUGAAGCACUCUCUGAUGAGAAGAAAAGGAAGAUUUAUGACGAAGGAGGAGAGGAAGCACUCAAAGGAGGUGGAGAGGGAGGAUUUCAUUCACCUAUGGAUAUCUUUGAUAUGUUCUUUGGUACUGGUAGAUCACGGCGGCAGGGCGAACCACGUGGAAAAGAUAUGGUCCAUCAGAUGAAGGUUUCUCUGGAAGACCUCUACAAUGGCACAACGAGGCAACUAGCUGUACAAAAGAAUGUUAUUUGUUCAAAGUGUGAAGGACUUGGAGGCAAAAAGGGUGCUGUGGAAACAUGUCAGACUUGUUAUGGUAGUGGUAUGUAUGUAAGACUAAACCGUAUUGCACCUGGAAUGGUCCAACAAAUACAGACAGUUUGCCGAGACUGUGGAGGCAAAGGAGAGAAAAUCUCGGAAAAAGACCGUUGUAAAACAUGUCUAGGCAAGAAGGUUGUACGGGAGAGAAAAAUCCUGGAGGUUCAUAUCGAUAAGGGCAUGAGAGAUGGAAAGAAAAUAACUUUCCGUGGUGAAGGGGAUCAAGAACCAAAUGUAAAGCCUGGAGACAUCAUAAUCAUAUUAGAUGAAGUCGAGCAUCCAAUAUUCAAGAGAGACCAUUUGGACCUCUAUUAUAUAAUGGAUAUAGAACUGGUUGAGGCUCUUUGUGGCUUUACCCGGGUCAUAACAACAUUAGACAAAGAGAAGAGGACUUUGGUAAUCAAAUGUAAUCCGGGAGAGGUGAUACGACCAGGAGAACUUAAGUGUAUAAUGAAUGAAGGCAUGCCUCGUCAGCGUAACCCCUUCGAAAAAGGACGUCUGAUCAUUAAAUUCAAU